UUGUGCUGGUGGAAAAUAAAUCGAAAAAAAUUAAAUAAAACAUUUUAUUGUUAUUUUUGUUAGUAGAAAAAUAACCAUUUAUGCCUAGCAAACGUUUAAGCUAUGGAUAAGAAAAAAGAUAUCUACAAUUUGUGGGUGCAAUACACGACAAAAAAUGAAGAAUCAUAUUUCCGUGACUUUAUGGAACGUUUUGUUUCCAUUUGGCAAAGUCAAUUACCUUUGGAUUUUGCUGCGGCCAAUUGUCCCUACUGGCAUGAGGUUCAAGCCGAUCAGGGGCCACACUUGGGACGUUUACCCGAUGAAUUAUUACCCGCCAUUGGGAAAUUUAUCAUAGUUGCCAGCGAUUCGUGCCAGAGUGGUGAAAUGAGCGAUGAGACCAUCCGUCAAAUAGCCAUACUGGUCGACUGUUUGGUGAUUGUAUGCCGGCAUUUCGAUAACAUUUUGGCUGUUAUCAAAUAUGAAUAUAAACCCAAUUUGAUUGCUAUACUAACGCAUGUAUUUCACCAGUGCAUUGAACAAAAAAGUGCAUCACCUCAGGCUUCUCAUCUCUUUCGAAGCUUUGCACAAUUUCUGGAGGUUAUGUAUGAUCCCUAUCUGACAUGGCGUAGUUUUUUACGCAACAAUUUUGCUGACUACAGAAAGCUAUCCUAUAAACCGCAUAUGGUUCAUGUGGAGAUAAUACCUUUCGUAUAUGAUUGUUUUCAAAAAAACGACAUAACUAAAUUUCCCGAUAUUGGUGAAUCCCUAAUACAUACCUUGGGUGCAAUAAUAUGUGGAUCACAGAAAACUCUAGCUUCAAUAACAAAUUCAAAUAAUCAUAAAAAAUCUGGUGAUGGUUAUGCUAUCUGUGAUAAUUUGCGUAACGGCAUGCGAGCCAUAUGUCCGGCUACUGUAUCGAUUUUAAUGAAAAUACUUUCCCAAUGGGAAACCACAAAUAGUUUACGUACCAUAACCCUAAGAUGCUGUGCCCUAAUGGUUAUCGUUUUACAAAAAUCUAGUCCGGAAGAACGCCAAAUAGAUUUAAUUACCCUUAUCAAGCUUUACUGUGAUGUUUUGGAUGAAUUGUUAAAAACCAACAAUUUCCAAAAGUCCGCUGUGGACAGUUUUAACAUAGCGUCCGAGGAGACGGAUUCCAAUGAUCAGACAAUAGAUGUCAAUGCUUUAGACUCAUCAGUAGACAAUAUCAAUGUAUUUUUAAGUGAUGCCUCCAGUUCAGGGCAUAUUUGUGAGGCCAUAGAGGAGACCAAUUUGGUGGAUAUUUUAAUUGCUAUGCCCAAAUCGGUUAAGGAUUGGAAUUUGGACUAUAAUCAGCUAUUGAUUAAAGUAUUAAAGGCAUUGGCCUCCAUAACACGCAACUCGGUGCGUAUCACGGAGCACAUACGUUAUUAUGAAAAAAUCGGAAAACUCUUUAUGGGACUAAUGGAGAUGGGACUGCCGGCCAUUGACCUUUUGGAGGCUUGCAUUGAAUUGGCAUAUGAUGAAGCCAAGGGUCUGUUGAUAUUGCCAGAGGUUUUGACAAAGCUCAUUGAGUGGCUGCCCGAAAUGGAUGCCAGAGAACAAGGCCAUUUAAGUGCAAGGAUUCUCAAGGCAUGCACCGACAAUUAUGGAACUAAGACCAUAGCCUGUGAGACGCGCAUUAUUAAAAGUGUUUGCGUGUGUCUACAUCAUUCGGACAAGCUCUCCGAUCAAUGUAUACAAAACUACAUUAAACUUAUCGAAGAGCUUAGCAAACUCAGCAUCAUUCCCAUUGAAUUGAAAAGUAUUUUUAGUUUAUUACGCAAGGAGAGCAAAUUUCCCCAACACAAACAGCUAUUGCAGACUUUGGUUAGUGUAUCGCUGCAAUCUCUGACCAGCACAAAUUUGUGUUCUCAAUAUUUUAAUUUUUGUGAACCUGGAGAUGGCAUUGUAGUGACGGACAUCAAGAAUUGGUCCAUGUCUGGUGCCUAUGGUUUCAUUUUUCACAUAUUAAUGCGUUUAGAUGGCAACUCCAACAAGUCUAACGGAAAAUCCGCCAAGGCUUCGGAAACCAAAUCUGGAGAAGAUCAACAACAGCGACAGGAAAAUCGAAGGAUGUUGCUGAACUUGCGUACUGGCAGCAAUACUGGCUUUGAAAUCUUCAUACAAAACAAUGGCAAUAUCGUUGUGGCAGCCUUAACCAAGCGUGAAUAUUUGACCUCAUCGGUGGCAUCCUCAACGCUGCUGGAUGGUCAGUGGCAUUAUGUGACUGUGGCCAUAACACCACCAAAGAGGCCAUUCUCUUAUAGUCAAAUAAAUGUCUACAUAGAUUUUGUGCAAAAAAUAAGUGCGACACUGAAGGUGCAAGCAAUAAAUGAGCCUUUCCUUUACUGUUCGGUGGGUUCAGCCUUACAAGAGAUUAAAACCCCGGCGGCUGCUGUAAAUGCCAAUGCUGGAAGUGGUACCCUUUUGCCCAGAUCAUCUUCCCAAGACACCAACCAGGGAUAUCGCAGUAUGUUGCCUAGUUUGCUCGAAAAAACUUUGUCCUCAAAUGUCUCCAAUUAUUUCACUUUGCCUCUGAGAACCCAAUCCUCCACCUAUGAUCCAAAUGUGAAAAAUUUCCCCAUAGGCAUGCAGGAGACAGUAUUCGGCGAACAACAAUGUCUGGGCGGCCAAGUGGGCGGUGUGCUUUUGGCAGAACCCACCACAAGUUUGAGGACAGUCUUUGAUGCUGGCAUUAAUUUCGCUUCAAUAUUUUCCCAAGACAAUGACAUAUUGGAGUUGACCUCACGCUUUGUAUUCUGCUAUUCGCCUGGAGCCUAUUCGCAUAAUACCUGUUUGGAUUUGAUACCCAGUGGCAAAUAUAUGGGACUGGUGCAGGCACAGCAUUGUGGCAUAGUCAAGAUACAGGACACCAUCAAUAGUGUGGGUGGGGUACAGGCCAUUUUGCCCAUACUCCAUAGAUUGGUAAAGGAAAGCAAUGAGGAGUUUUCAUUGGCAAGUACUGGUAAUGAGUCUCCAGAGGCAGGAGAAUCCCUGAAGACCCCCAUGGCCGAGGAGUUUGCCGACUGGGAAAUAUUAUCCACCAACUCAUAUACCGAAUGGAAAAUGAUACAAUUCCCUUUGGCCAGCUUUAUGUGUUUCAUACGCUAUCUGACCCAUGAACAUGACAAUAAUCAAGAGAAUCUCUUGCAUAGCGAGUGUCUUUCCAUAGUGGGCAUGAUGUUGCAAAAGUGCCCGGCCAAAAUGUUCGAUGUCAAUGCCUUGAUGGCCACGCAUUUGUUUAUGGAGUCUUUGCAGGGCCAUAAAUCGGCUAUGGGGCAAUCGAAUAUGGCCCUCUUGGAGGAUCUGUACACCUCGAUAGCUUUUAAUUUUGAUAUAUGGGUACGUAUGCCCUUCCAAAUAACAUUGGGGCAUGUGCAAUAUCUGGGAGCCAUGAUUAAGAACGAUCGCAAGUAUUUUCGCAAAAAGUUUGGUGUGCAAUUUUUCCUAGACACCAUUCGUCAUUAUUAUGGCACCCCGGAGAAUAUAACACCGGAAGAUGCCAAGACCAUACGUUCCACCCUGUUCAGCAUUGUGCGUUUCUAUCUGCAAAAGGAUGUGAAUAUCAAAGAGAUUGGCACGAUAAUAGCCUUUUUGGCUUCGGUCAAACAGCAUCAUAUACUCAUAGAGUUCUUGGAGAUAAUGAGCAUGCAUGUCAAGGGCAAAAAUUGCCGAGAUCAAUUGAUACUGUUGCUGCAUGAGCCACAAAUGGCCAAUUUGAUAUACAAUUAUUUCAUAGACAAGAGCUAUAGCUGUGAAUUGCAGGAGGCAGCCAUAAGGUUCAUCAGCAGUUUAUUGGCCACCUCCCGUGUCCAUGCCAAAUACAAGCAGAUAAUGCGUCUACAUGAUCCCAUUACAGACGCCUCUCUCUUUCCUGGCUUGUUUUCCUAUACCAUACCCAUGGUGUUGAGCUCCACCAUCAUCUUCCAUCUGCUUGAUGAGAUGCUUAACUCCGAAGUGGAUUAUUGUGGUGUCAUAUUUUUGGUGCACAAUGUCAGUAGCUGUGAUCUGCCCGUCAAGCUGGAAGUAGCCAAGCGUUUGCUGCAAUGCACCUUUACCAAACAGAAUUCUGCCCAAGCCAUAGCCAAGCAACCUGGCUGGCAAGAAUCCAUAGCCCGCUUGCUAAUACGUAGGCCCAUUGAAAAUGUCAAGAAUGAUGAGGAGAAACGUAAAAGUUUCGGCAUAAAUUUGGAUGUUCUGCUGGAAGACGAAAACAAAUUCGAUAACCAAGGUGAUUUGAUCAAUUUUUGUGAGCAACAAAUCGAGCAAAUGGAGGCCAACAACGAGCACAGUGAUGGUGGCCUUAUACUCAAUGAGAUACAGGCCAGUGUCUCAGAGGCGGCCAAUGUUUUGGAAUCAGAAAUCAAAGAAUUGGCCGACACAGUUUCCGGAGUGGUUGUGGAAAAUGUUAGCUCUGUGUUCUCGGUUAUACGUCAAACCACUCACGAUUUGCAAGAUACCUUUGAGUCUUUAACCCAUGUGGGUUCCUCCAUGGAUUUGGGAGCAGAUUCCAGCAACACAUUCAGCCGUCACAAACAACGCACUGAAUCCAUCAGUUCGGAUAGUUCAUCACAGUCAAUGCGUCCCACCUCAGGCUCCAAGAAAGCUGAUUCCGUAGAAAGUACUCACAUGGAAUUCUCCUCCGAUGGUGAUGUGGAUAGCGAGGAACAAUUGGUGUAUUUGGUUUCGAAUAUUUUGUUUACCAUAUUUUGGCGUGGUGUGGGUAAUGAUCAUCCCGAUUGUUGGAAAGAAAGAGGCCAGGUAUUGGGUUGCAUCAAUCUUUUGGCUUUAAACAAUGAGUUGGUGGCUUCACAUUUAUCUCUGCGCUUGAGGAUUUUGGAAAUGGCUGUUCAAGCUUCGUUAUUUGAUUUGGCCGAACAUGGAAAUCAGACUUUAAUCAAUCAAGAGAAUGCCUCUCAUAUUCUGCGCAUGGUCUAUGACUUGGUUGUUUUGGGCUCCAAUGAGGAUGAAUCCAAAAAAUGUUCCACCAAACUGUUGGAUGGUGUUUUGGCCCUGCUCGAUGCCUUAAUGAUAUUCCAAUCGGAUUCUGCCGAUGAUUGGUCCGAUAUGAUACGUCUUUGUUUGGGUUUACUUUUGAAAUGUUCCCAUCAUCCCAAUCCCGGUGUGGUGGCAAUGGCCACUGCCAAAUUGCAUGCUAUACUACAGUGUCGUACAGCUGCUAGCCCCAGUGAAUUGGCCUAUUUGCUGUUUUCUAUCAACAAAGCUUUGGAUAUAGCCAUUGAAGUUGGCAAUCCCGAAGAGUAUUCAUUUCUUAUGCCCGUUAUGAAGGCUUUAAUUGAUAAAUGUCGCAGUGUUUUCAAUUUGGAUACUGUUUUACCUGACUUACCGCCCACCUCCUCGGGUCCCGUUUUCUUCAAUGAUUUUCAAAUGUAUAGCACCAGCAAGAAAUGGAGGAAUUUUAUGGAGCGCAUAAUACAACCUCUCUAUGACUCCUAUCAACGUGAUGUUGAAAUUCAUCUUUGGGAACCAAUCAAUCGCUUUUGGGCCGAAUGUUAUGAGGCCUGUAAAGUGGCAUCCAAAAAGCGUAGUACAUUCCAAGCUGACAACAGAACCAUAUUUCAGAAAAAAAUUGUCAUUCCCUGGAAGGUGCGUCAAGUUGAAGAAACGAAACGCCUGAAUGCAGCUGCAUUGCAGCAUAAACGCAAAAAUAGUCACAUCAAGAAAAAAUGGAAAUGUGCCAAACGAUUCCUGUAUGGACCGCGUGGUCCCUGGUUUACGGGUAAUAUCAUGGAAGAAUACUGGACUCUGUCAAAUCAUGAAAAUGUGGCCAGAAUGCGUUUAAAACUAGAACCCCAAUUAUAUCCCAAUACCCAUGAAAAUGCCUCAAAAUUACGUGAUAAUGCAACAAAUCAUUACGAUGCCAAAGAAAUCCCUGAAUUUGAUUCAACCAUUAAAAAUGUGGUGGUGCGUGACUUCUUAUCCAACGAUGAAAAUUCCCAACUGGAAGACGAUCUACUCUUGACCAUUGAACAGCAAUCGGCGCAAGAUAAUACCUUGGAGAAAUUGGUGAUAUCUCAGGAAUGUGAAUUGAUAACCUUGAUGACCAAAGUAAAGGGGCGUAUAGAAGUAAAUCAAAAUUUAUUUACCUUCAUUGAUUUGAGUCCACCAGCGGAAGAUGGUUCAAAGCAUGAUUUCAGGUUUUCAAUUAACAAAAUUCGUGAAGUUCAUUUGCGAAAAUAUAAUUUGCGUAGAAGUGCUUUGGAAAUAUUUUUAGUUGAUCAAACCAGCUAUUUUUUGAAUUUCACCACAAAGACUCGUAAUAAAAUAUUUUCGAAAAUCCUCAGUCUACAACCACCAAAUAUUUUAUAUGGUUCCGGUAGAUCACCAGCGGAAUUAUUGAAGACAUCCGGUUUAACACAGAGAUGGUUAAAUCGGGAGAUAUCAAAUUUUGAAUAUCUCAUGUAUCUGAACACAAUUGCAGGUCGCUCGUAUAACGAUUUAAGUCAAUACCCAGUCUUCCCUUGGAUUUUAGCCGACUACACAAGUGAUAUAUUAGAUCUGACAGAUCCUAAAUCAUUUAGAGACUUAUCCAAACCUAUAGGUGUGAUUAAUCCCAAAAAUGAAGCUGAAACUCGUUCGAAAUAUGAUUCAUUUGAGGAUCCCUCGGGAGCCAUACCCAAAUUUCAUUAUGGUACACAUUACUCAAAUUCAGCUGGAGUCCUACACUAUCUGUUGCGUGUGGAGCCCUUCACUUCAUUGCAUAUUGAAUUGCAAAGUGGGCGUUUUGAUGUGGCCGAUCGUCAAUUUCAUUCCAUACCACAGACAUGGAAACUACUCAUGGAUAAUCCCAACGAUGUCAAAGAACUGAUACCGGAAUUUUUCUAUUUUCCUGAAUUUUUGAAAAAUAUGAACAACUUUGAUUUGGGUCAUUUACAAAUCACCAAAGAAAAGGUCGAUGAUGUUAUACUGCCACCUUGGGCAACAACGCCCGAAGAGUUCAUAGCCAUACAUAGAAGAGCCUUAGAAUCGGAAUAUGUGAGUCAAAAUCUUCAUCAUUGGAUUGAUUUGAUAUUUGGCUAUAAACAAAAAGGACCCAAAGCGGUGGAAGCCUUAAAUGUUUUUUACUAUUGCUCCUAUGAAGGAGCUGUGGAUUUGGAUAAAAUCACCAAUCCUGUUGAAAGAGAGGCUGUGGAAGGCAUGAUUAACAAUUUCGGACAAGUGCCAUCACAACUUAUGCGGGAACCACAUCCACGACGCCUAUCUCAGGAAGAGACGAGUCUUAAGCUUUUGAGAGCUGAACUUAAACGUCCAGAUCUGACACAAUUUCUGGACAAGGUUGUGCAAUAUUAUUGUGAAAUUUCCACACCCAAAGAUCCAAUUGUUUACUUAAGUCCACCAAGAUCACCGCCGCGUUCUUUUCUACAGCUAAGUCCGGACUCUUUGAUAAGCAUAUCGAAAUCGUGCAUUCUAGGCAGUAACUCGUGGAUGUCGUAUGACAAGGAAAGAGGAUUUCUAUUGGAAAUCGAUGCGACAACAACAAACCUUAAAAAUCGUAAACGCAUUUUUGGGCCCCUGCAUCCCUCACAAAUGUCCCAUUCUCAAAUGUUUGCCGUUAGCACGGAUGGUAAACUAUUGUAUGCCGGAGGAAUUUGGGAUAAUUCCCUGCGUGUUUACAGUGUGCACAAGGGCAAGACUGUGGCUUCGGUAACCAGGCAUUUAGACAUAAUUACCUGUUUAGCUUUAGAUAAUUGCGGUUCUUAUCUGGUGACCGGUUCACGAGAUUGCACCUGCAUUAUAUGGAGCAUUCAAAGUUCACAUUCUGGUUCUGGUCCAGCCUCAUCCAACAUACCCGUGCAUGCCCUUACAAGUCAAGCUAAUUUACAGUCAGUUAUGCAACUUAACACACAGAAUAGCUUUUCACCUAAACCAUUGACCACAUUAUAUGGUCAUGAUGACUCAAUAUCCAGUGUUGCCAUAUACACCGAAUUGGAUGUAGUUGUUUCAGGAUCAUUGGAUGGCACUGUUAAUGUUUAUACGAUACAGGAUGGCCAGUUUGUCCGUACGCUCAAACCCAAUGGUUGUACCGAAUUUUUUGUACAAAUUUCCUUUGUGACCAUAUCGUAUCAUGGUCAUAUUGCAUUUAGUGCAUUGGACGAUGCCUCGCAUUCAGUUCAUGUCUACAGCAUAAAUGGCACAAGUCUUGGCUCCAAAUAUGUCUCUGGCAGAGUUACAGGUCUGGCUACAGCCUCCGAUUAUUUGGUUGUUGCAGAUGAUGCUGGUGAUAUCACAUUAAGUCGAUUGCAUGGAUUAAAGCCGGUAUUUGAUAUACCUUUGCAUGUGCCCAUACAAACGGUGGUGGUGACACCAGGUAACACCCAUAUACUGGCCCCCCUGCGAGAUGGACGUCUAGCGGUGGUGGCUGUACACCUGCCAUUGCCCGGCAGCAAAAAGCAUAUGGUGAUGAGUGUCUAAGAUGCCUAGAAUAUCUUAGGAAAUGGUUCAGUUGACUCAUUUAAUGGCUACAUCACCAUGAUGGACAUUCAGGUGUAGCAUAUGCAAGAGGAUACCUUCACCUUUAUGGGUAAGAGACAGCGCAGAGGACAUCGACUUACAUACUUAGUUCUAUAUUUAAGCAGGAAAUCAAUAGCUAAAAAAAGAAGCAAUUUAAAAUAUUAAGAAAAUAACUCGACCCUCUAGCCAACUCACAAAUGCCCCACAAUCACUCUCUAAAUAUACUUUUGUGCGUGUU